CCAAAUUACAGCUAUGGAAUGAAGCUGGGACUCUUUGCUUUGCAGAGUGUUAGUGUUUUCCCAAGCUAAGACGAUCGGAAAGAUUCCUUCUGUGGGCUUGCAUCAUGGAGGCUAGCAGUCAAUCCAGUAGUCAACAGAUUCUGUGGAAAGAUGUUGAGGCAGGAAAAGAGAAGAAGGCCAAGUACCAUACCUACCAGCGAGUCGCUCUGGUUCUGGCUCUGAUCUUCCUUGUUUUGGCUGUCUGUGUUUUCAGCCUGAGAUAUCUGUGGAGCCCCAGUCUGGGCAAGGUUUAUGAUCAUCAGUACAAAGCUGUGCUGGAUGGUGUAGAGACAGACAGUUUGAUGGAGAUUAACCCAAGUCAACGCAUUGAGAUCUUCAGAAUGGGAAAUGGGAGUGAGGAGAUACUUGAGGUGCACGACUUCAAGAAUGGAAUCACUGGGAUCCGGUUUGCCGAACAUCAGAGGUGCUACAUCAGGACCCAAACUAGAAAACUACCCGCAGUGGCAGAGGUGGAGGCUGAGGACACAGAGUUACUGCAGGUGGAUGAGACUGAGGCCAUGGAUAUGAAGGUGGAGGACUCCCAAGUGUGGGUUCCUGCCAAGGAGCCCAUCGUUAACCCAGCCUUCCUCUUCGACUCCAAGAUCUGGGAGAUUUGCCAGGAGCUGCCCAUCCACUGGAUCCAUCCCUCCCUUCUGAGUGAUGCUGAGAUGGAAAAUGUGGACACACCUGACGCAGAGGUCACAGGUCAGCGUUUCACACGCGAUGUCCUGGACCACCUUGCCGUAAACGACUAUAGAGAUGUUGGAAUCGAGCUGGAUAACCGUCUGGAUGAAAACGGCUACUGCUGCCAGCACUGUCGCCGUGGUUACCGCUACUGCCGCCGCUACCACGAGCCCCUGGGUGGCUUCAACCCAUGGCCAUACUACUACCAAGGAGGCCGGGUCAUCUGUCAGGUUGUCAUGCCGUGCAACUGGUGGAUCGCCCGUAUGCUGGGGAGGAUCUGAGGAGGUUUAUGUUUAUGUUGCUGCAAAUUCUCCCUUUGAUAAAUAUUCCAGACCACUUGUGAGACGAAAGCAGUCCAUUGCACACAAUUAUUAUCCAAUCUGAAAGUUGGCCCAUUGAGUAUUAGUCAGUCUAAACAGUCUAAAUGGCAUUUGAAGUGUUUUGAUUCUUUCUUAAAAGGCACUGGUCGUUUACAGCUGUCUAAUUUUCUUUGCUCAUCUACCCAUUUAGUAUUCUUGUUAUUUGAUCCUGUUGAAUGGGUGCAAUUUAGUCACCAGAAACUAAUCUGUGCAAAAAAAAUACUUCAGCACUGUCUGUCCUUACUUUGUCAUGCAUUCACUUUUUACUUAAUGGGGUAAACAGACUCUACUAAUACUGUAAUGUAACAGUGUGUGUGUGUGUGUGUAUAUAUAUAUAUAUAUAUAUAUAUAUAUAUAUAUAUAUAUACAAUCUGAGUGGUGCUUUUAACUAAAUAUAUAAUGCAUUUUGUCGCAGUUUUUUAUAAUCACUUUCCUUCACUUGAGAAAGUCAUACAGCACUUCUUGGAUGCACACACACAAAACAUGUUAGAAAUGGUGUAAAACUAAAAUAAACUAUGGAAAGAUGCAAUAAAUUCAGUGUUUUUAAUUAAGGCAAAAUUAGGGAAAGAAACACAAAGAUAAUAAUACAAAAAUGCUAGUACAGAAUUAGAAGACGCUUCUGAAAGCUCCAUGUAUUAUAUAGUAACAUGUCUUUUAUCUGUUUGUGGUAUCAUGUUAAACUAAGGAGGUACAGUAUAAUUAAAAAUACACAGACGCCUCAGCUGUCUUUUGUGAUGUAGUUACUGUUGUGUUAUGCUCCAUUGUUUUCCCUGUUGUUCCAAUCCACCAAAUGCUUUAAAUAGUGCUACUGUUCAAACAGUUUCUUCUUUGCUGAGGCGAUUUUAAUCUGUAACACCACAUCUCAAUCUGUCGAGCUGAAAUAACUCUCAUCUGGCUGCAACUAACAGAUAAGCAAGUGAGAUAGGCAUUUAUAAUUGAUGUUCUGUCAUCAGAAUAACAAGGUGCAAUGCCCAAGAGUAUUCCAGCUAUGUGAGACAUUGAAAAGUUAAACAGAGAGACAACAAUGGACCACUUUUGUUGUCAUAGCUUGCUUUGAAGCCUUCUUUAUGUUGCUAUCUCUUUCCUUAUUUUUUUUUCCAAUUAAAAUUUUAUUAUAUGAAUAAUCUCAGUUGUCCUAUCAAAUGAAACAAUAAAAUUAAAUUUCCUUGAAAGAAACUUAAUAGUGUUUGUUCGAAAGCUGAUGUAGUGUGGGUUUGAAUCUGACUAAUACUAUCCAUAGAAUAGACAGGCCCUCUUCUCUCUUUUCCAUUAGUCCCAUUGUUCAUUAGCAGACAAAUUAAAUGUGUCUUGACGAGACAAACUAGACAUGUAUGCUUUUAGUGUUUCUAUUUUAUAAACUGAAACACUCUUGUGCAUCUCUUGUGUAGCAUAAUAAUGCAUUGUUUAUGCCUGCUAAGUAAAUCUUGAUGUUGACUCAUGUUGGCUCAGUGGGAUAAUAAUGUCAGUGACAUCAAUAAUAUUUGGCAGUAAAAUGGAUUUUGUGAAAAAGAGGGUGAAACGUAUUACUGUAUGUAAAUGUUUUAUGGAUACACUCAUGAAUGGAGUUCAUAUAUUGUUAUUUUUUAAAUCAAUAAUGUCAAUAGCCCAGAGCAACAUGUCAAGUAGAAAAUAGUGGCAUGAGCUAACAAAUGCAAUAAUUGCAAACAUACUUCAAAUAAACUGACAAGUGUACCA